AUGACCGUGGGGAGUUUGAAUCAACCGAAUACCAGAGCACCGGGAAACAAUAUAACAAAACCAUUAGGGAUCAUAAUACACAGCACAAUUCAUGACAAUAACACAAAAUAUUCACACACUGGAGUAUCUAGUAUCAAGAGGUUCCUUGAUAAACUCUUCAUAAAAUUUCUAAAAAAUUUACCAAACAUUGCAUUUCAAAACAUUGGCCUAGCAGAGACAGGGGCCGAAUAUUUCACUAACUAUAAUAGUACACUGAAAGGAACCUUUUUGAUCUUGUCAACAAUUAAUGACUCCCUAUUGACCGAUGACAAAUUACAAACAAAAACUUUGAGAGACCAAGAACUCGAACGAACUAUUACAGGCAAAUCUAACCCAUCUUUAUUCCAAGGCUUCAAAAAUAUGCUGACUUGUAUUAAAACUCAAAGAAUAAUGUUGAAUGAAUCCUCUGACAUUUCUGACUACAAAAAUGAUAUAGCAAUUGAAUUAAAUAUCGAUACAGAAGUAAUCGAAAGAUCAUAUUCUUUAAAAGCCCUAGAUUACAUUUCGUCAGGUAUUUUUGAAAAAUUAAACUAUUUCGAUAUACAGAAAGCUACGCUUCAAAAAGAUGUGGAUGAUCUGGAUCUUAAAUUAGAAGAUAUCAAUUCAAAAAGAAACAAAAUCAUUAACAAAAUCAAUGGAGUUAAUGAUAUUGAGUUAUACUUAAAGAAUACAAUUGUUACACUGAAGAGUCGAAAAGAAUUUAUAAGAGCAUACGGAAUCUCUAACGAUUCUUCAACUGAAACGACCAGUGAACAGGAUAUUUUGGAAGGUAAUCUAUUAAGGAAUUUUUUAGGUUCAGAUAGGGAUGAACUAGAAAAAAUAAAGCUAGGAAGUGAUAUUGAUACAGCGAAUUCAACACCAAGCUCCAUCUCCGUGGAAACAAUGCCUCCUCUAAAUUAUGAAGCCAACACUGCAUCUCAAAGGUUCCAAAUGGAUCCAAACAAACUAUUUACAGCACCAAUUAAGAGAAGAAAUUACAUAUCACAAUCAUUUCAUAGUCACUAUCCCAAAGGAUCAUCAAUUGCUAAAUUAAAUAAAGCUCAUGACGAUAAAAUCACGAGUGUAGAUUUUGAUUUCCCCUUUGGAACAUUGGCAACUACUGGAUAUCUUGAUCCAGUAGUGAAAUUAUGGGAUCUCUCUAAGAGACAACAUGUUGGUGAGUUAAAAGGUCAUAUGGCUUCUGUAAAUUGCUUACAGAUGGAUUCUAAAUACAAUAUAGCAAUAACAGGAAGUAAAGAUGCCACUCUAAAGGUUUGGAAUGUUGAUAUUGCCAUAGAACAGUUUAAGAACGAUGUCUCAAAUACUACACCUUUCAUGUAUAAUAAACCUUGUGUGCACACAUUUGAUUCACAUUCAGAUGAGGUUACUGCCUUAUCUUUUGAUGAUAAUAAUUUGGUAAGUGGUUCUAAAGAUAAGACAAUUAGGCAAUGGGAUUUAAACACAGGGAAGUGUGUCCAAUUAAUAAAUUUAAAUACUACAUUAAAUUCAAGACCAACAAAGGUUGAUUUACCUCUAGGAGCCAGUUCAGAUCCACCACUAAUCGGUGCAAUUCAAUGUUUUGAUGCAGCCAUGGCUACAGGUACUCGUGAUGGUGUUAUAAGGUUAUGGGAUUUGAGAAUAGGAAAAGUUGUUCGUACACUACAAGGCCAUGAAAAUGCAAUAUCUACUCUUCAGUUCGAUUCCUCUUUAUUAAUUUCAGGUUCACUUGACAAAACAGUCAAGAUAUGGGAUCUGGGAUCCGGUGCUAUCAUCGACAACUAUGUGUACGACAAUUCUAUAUCUUCUCUAAGUUUCGAUGAGAAGAACAUUACUGUCGCUACGGAUGAUGCAACUCCAAGAGUUAUAAGUAGAGAAAAUGGAAAACAUUGGGAAUGCGACGGAGCUCCCGAUUUAACAUCUACUUCAUCUUUCGUUAAGUAUAACGAAGGAUACAUGGUUGAAGGUAGAAAUAAUGGUGAUAUUAACGUGUGGUCUAUCUAG